CAUGGCGACGUCCCUGUUCUGCGGCCGUUUGACGGCUAGCCUGAGAAGUUCAGGGGCCAGAAACACUAUCAGCUCCGCUUCCAAGGUUCUUGGUGGCUCUUCAGGUCUGUUGGGAGGCCAGGUGUCCCAGCUGCAGCAGCAGCAGCAGAGGAACCUCUCCCUACAUGAGUACAUGAGCAUCGGGCUGCUGAAGGAGGCGGGCAUCUCUGUGCCAGCUGGCAUGGUGGCCAGCUCCUCUGAGGAGGCUUACUCUGUGGCCAAGCAGAUCGGUACAAAGGACCUGGUGGUGAAAGCUCAGGUGCUGGCUGGUGGCAGAGGAAAGGGAACAUUCGAGGGCGGACUAAAGGGAGGAGUGAGGAUCGUCUACUCGCCAGAGGAGGCUCGUGACAUUUCAUCCCAGAUGAUUGGUCGGAAGCUGUACACCAAGCAGACCGGGGAGGCGGGUCGCAUCUGCAACCAGGUGUUCAUCUGCGAACGCAGAUACCCACGCAGAGAGUACUACUUCGCCAUCACCAUGGAGAGGUCCUACCAGGGUCCCGUGCUGAUUGGCAGCUCGCAGGGCGGCGUGAACAUUGAAGAUGUUGCAGCUGAAAAUCCGGACGCCAUUGUGAAAGAGCCCAUUGACAUUGUGGAGGGCAUUAAGAUGGAGCAGGCUGUCAAGGUCGCUAAGAAGAUGGGCUUCCCGCCGGCGCUGGUGAACGAGGCGGCGGAGAACAUGAUCAAACUGUACAAUCUGUUCAUCAAAUACGACGCCUCCAUGGUCGAGAUCAACCCCAUGGUGGAGGACUCCUCUGGCAUCGUGAUGUGCAUGGACGCCAAGAUCAACUUUGACUCAAACGCAGAGUACCGCCAGAAGAAGGUUUUCGACAUGCAGGACUGGACCCAGGAGGACCCCCGGGAUCGGCAGGCCGCCAAGGCUGACCUCAACUACAUUGGCCUGGACGGAACUAUUGGCUGUCUGGUAAACGGAGCGGGUCUGGCCAUGGCCACCAUGGACAUCAUCAAACUCCACGGCGGCACGCCAGCAAACUUCUUGGAUGUCGGAGGAGGAGCCACAGCUCAUCAGGUGACCGAGGCCUUCAAACUCAUCACCUCUGACAGGAAGGUUCAGGCCAUCCUGGUCAACAUCUUCGGAGGCAUCAUGAGGUGUGAUGUCAUCGCACAGGGCAUCAUCAUGGCUGUGAGAGACCUGGACCUCAAGAUCCCCAUCGUAGUGCGGUUACAAGGAACGAGAGUGGACGAUGCCAAAGCUCUGAUCGCUGCCAGUCCGCUGAAAAUCCUGGCCUGUGACGACUUGGACGAGGCCGCCAAAAUGGUUGUAAAGCUUUCUGAAAUCGUCUCACUGGCUAAGGAAGCUCAAGUGGACAUCACCUUCCAGCUGCCCAUCUAAGGAAGAUAGAAAAAACCUCGACCUUUGACCUACAUGACCUCCUCAUCCCAAACACUUCCUCUGUCACACCCACAGCCGCCCACCACUCCACCCCACAAAAAGACAGGAAGUCGAGCCUCUCACAGCCGUGAAGAGAUCGUUUAGUUUUCUCUUUCAGACUCUGUGGCAUGAUGGCAUGACUCUGUAGAGCUGUCCAACAGGUUUCACUUAGUUUCUGAGUCGCACUGGGAUCUCCGUUAUCUAUGUCGACCCUUCUUCUCGCUUAAUGUUCCCUCAAAUCUACAAACUUAAGUUGUACUUGAGUCGAUACGCACAAACCUUUACUUUUAACUCCUUCAGACACGGUAAAACAAGCUGUUUACUUCACUACUUGUUGGUAAAUAUUCCUUCAUGCUGUUCAGAAACAGAAUAAAACAGACCAGCUGAAGCAUUUUCAUGUGUAAGGAAGCUGCUUUUUAGCUCACAAUAUAAUAUUUAGUGUUUUCAGUUGAGUUGCUGAUUGAUGCUGUUACAUCACGUGGGUGCAGAAAGACGACUGGAAAGGCAUCAGAAGAAGGAUUGUAAUCACAUUACUUUUCAUAAACACAUAGUUUUGCAUGAGUGCCUUUUCAGUGUGUUUUAGGAAUGUAACAGAAUAAAGAGCAGAUUUGUUUCCUCCCUGCAGAACUUUGAAGUAUUUCAUCGAAAAACACAAACAAUAUGAGUGAACUGAGUCAAACGCUGCCAGAUUGAUUCUUUAAUAAUGGCGAUCAGACACAGAAAUUGCUUCAGAGAAUGAGCUGUUUUUUUUCCAGACGCCUCCACAUUCUUUCUUUACCUCCUAUAGACAGAAAGUGUUCAUCAGCUCGGCAAACAGAACACAUUGCAUUGCAGAAAUCCUCUGUUAUGGUGUGAUGGUGAUAACACGGAAAGUAUUCAAGUCUCAGGCUCAUUGUCAAGCACCGGGAGAAAUGUGUCCCUCAAAAACAUGAUCUCAUUUACUUGGAGUGUUAUUCAUCCAUGCAGGUGGUUUUGCGUUAAUUUGUCCAGGUUUUGUGAUAUGUCGCUCAGAUUCCUGCCUCCAUCCUUAUUCUAUGGAGGUCAGUUUGUGGUGCUCGCAGCAUUGGAUAAUUGCACCCACAGAUGUCAGCUGUCAGCAGUUUUUGCUGAAAGUUACUUUCCACCAAAAAGAAGGCUUCAGUACAAUUGUUGAGGUCUGUGAAUUAGCCAAAUAACACGGACGCUGUGUUUGGAACGAUGUGUUGCAGUCAGGUUUUUUUUAAAACCAUACUGAGCAUGCUGAUGUUAGCAUUUAGCUCAGUUCAAACACAACCCCACAGAGCUGUGAGCACAGCUGCAGGCUAGUGGUUUUGAUUGAAUGAAUGUUUUCAAUGCGGAGAGCACCACAAAUUAAGUUUUAGGCCAAAAUUUCACAGCCUGGAUAAAUGAAUCCAAAGCUAUCUGCAUGGAAGUAUGUGAGACAUCUUUAUUUUAGUUUAAGCAGUUUUCCUGCAUGUUUGGUUCAAAGUCUAAAUCCUUUGUGUAGGAACUUUAUCAUUUUAGCUGGAAAGUGUCGCUUUUACUUGUUAAAAAGCACAGCUGCUGGCAGAUUUUAUCAGCUGUAAUCUAAUUAAAUCACCAAAAGACAAAAUGUAGCUCAUCUUGGCGGCUGGAUCUUUGAAUAUGGGGACAUUUCUAUUUUUAGCCAUUUAAAAAAAGGGUCAAAGAUAACCUAAAGAGACGUGAAAACGGAUUUUGAUUGAAAUGUUCCCAAAACUCCAGCUUCAGUUAUGAGUGUUGGAGGUUCAGCCUGACAACCCCAGAAGUCCCCGAUGGAUAAAAGAGUUAGCAUGGCUCACACUGUUUACCCUCAGCUUUGAGCGGGGCCACAUUUGUCAGUCUAAAAUAUUAGUUGUGACACCUGUGGACUCGGGCGUGUUGAUGGAUGCAGGGAUCUGUGGCGAGUGUUGAUGAACGGUGCUGCAGGUUCCGUUCUGCCUCGGCUGUGGCGAAGCUUCAUGUGUGGUCGUGUUGAACAGAGGCGAUACAUCUCACAUUUUUAAAAUAAGGCCAAUGAAUUAUUCAGUGUUCCCGUUUUGUGAGGCUCAACUUUCCCAGAGAAAUGCCCCGAGGGAGGAUAUAAAAGUCGAGUCGAGCGAACGUAAAAUCAGUGAUUUCCUGUGUAAACUCUGUCUCUUACUGUUAAAUAAGAAAAGGGACUCUUGCAUCUCUUUCUUCCCUCUUGAUUAUUUGCAAAGUGCUGUAGCGUGAGCUCUUGUGCAUCUUCUCAGUGUCUUCACGUCUUGCUUAACUGAAGCAUGCUUUAUUGUGUUAACUAAUUGUGUGCACUGGGCGUCUGAGGUGCAGGCUGAUAUUCAUGAGCCUAAACCAGAUAAGACGUUUAUCGUCAUGUCUGAGGAAGCCAUUGUAGAAGUCUCUCGUUUUAAAGAGCCCUGGCAGCAAGAGAGGGGUUUUUAUUGUAGGUUUUUCCCUUCGAUGUUGAAUGUUACAAGAAAUGCUGACAACUGGGGACACUGGAGAUUUGUGUUUCUGUAUAUUUAUUUGGUCCUACUGAACCCGCUGCCAUGAAUUGCUUUAGGGCAGAACAGGGACUUCUGUAACAGCUGCCACUGUAUGUUCAGUCUGCCAUCAUGCCAUGAAGCUGUAGCCAUUUAUUCUUUCUUUAUCUCUGUAUGAAUAGCCAGACAUUGGGCCGGCUGUGUUUUCUCACAGGAACGGUAAAAUACUGUAGUUGUUUCUCCCUCCUCCUCCUCUUCCAGCGCUCCGAACACAAGCAGACAUUGUGAGUUGUAUGUCAUUUAUUAUAUCUUGUAAAUAACCAAACUGAUGUUCUCUCUCUGUAAAAUAUUUAUGCUCCUCUCAAAGGAGUACAACAAAGGAAGAAAAAAAUAAAUUCAGAGAACACCAA